AUGUCCACCGCCGUCUGGCCGCCCAUUGACGAUGGCCGCCUCGCCGACGAGCAGGAGGCGUCGCAGACGCGGGAGCUCGAGUGGCUGCUUGUACAGCUGCAAGAGACGCUGCAGUCGCUCAAGGCCGGCCUGGACGAGUGUGCUGCCCUGCUGGCGCCGUCGGAGAACGGCUCCACGCUGGUGUUGACGUCGGUGCGCUCCGAGAGCUUGAAGGGCCUCAUCACGCGCAUCGGGACGCGCAUCACCAAAGGCAACAUCAAGCUCCGCCUCGCCAGCCUUCCCCCGCCAAGAGGCUCCCUGACCUGCGACCUCGCCAUCUCGUCUGCGCCGCAUGCCCCCACGCUCGUCGUCCCCCAGCUUACCUCUGUACGCACCUCCAUCAACAGCUGCUUGGACGCCAUUGACGUCGCCACCUGGGGCGGGGAUGCCACCAACGCCCACUUCGUCUCCGGCCAGCUGAAGCUGCUGCACGACCAUAUACUCGAGGCGCAGGCGGCACUCAAAGGCUAUUCCCAUGUACAGCCCGCGUGGUGGGAGAACCCCGUCGACGACAAUACGUUUGACCCCCCGCUGCCCUCCAAUGUAUCCUUCCACCUGUUCGUCUUCGACGCUGCCCUCGUCCUCGAGAUCCGCACACUGGAACCCCACCAUGCUGGAGAUACCGGGUCGCUCACGGGAUUCAGCAUCCGCAACACCUUUGCAUCAGCCCUCGGCGCGGCACGAGCACCUGUGCAUGACGAGGCCGACCGCGCCUUCACAUACAAAAACAGCCAAGUUCGCGUCAAGGAGAAGAUCCGCGUAGAGAGCCAAGACCCCGCCUUGAUCUCCGCCUCGGCCAAGCUCAACGCCCUGGGACACACUGUCAUGCUGAGCCGAAAGGCCCUCAGCAUUGUCAUGGGUCAAGAAGAGCAAAGUGACUAA